AUGUUGACUAUACUGCGUCGUCUCGUCGUGGCACCGAACGGCAAGGAGAUUCUAAAGAACAUCAGCCUGGGCAUGUAUCUGGGCGCCAAGAUCGGCUUCCUGGGGGCCAACGGGGCGGGCAAGAGCUCCCUCAUGCGCCUUCUCGCGGGGAGAGACGUGGCAUUUGAAGGAGAUUAUUGCGCUCACCUCCUCACCUCCUCCCCUCCUCCCCUCCUCCCCUCCUCCCCUCCUCCCCUCCCCUCCUCCCCUCCUCCCCUCCUCCCCCUCCUCUCCCUCCUCCCGUCCAACUCCCUCCCCUUCAGGUGGCCCCCAACGGCAAGGAGAUUCUAA